AAAAGUUCACUGGGAUUUUCUGACAGACAGUUCUCAAGAACUUACCCUUGAAGAUAAUGAAGUAGUAAUAUCCUGCGGCAUCAGAUUCUCGCCAUCUGGAGCCAAGCUCAGCAAACCUAUCAAGGUCACAUUGAACCAUAAUGCACACUUCACCAAUCCAAGACGGGCAGAGAUCGUCUUCUACACCCGCAACAAAGACUCAACAACUUUUGAGAGAAUUCCGGCAUCCACCGACGGUUGCCCACGUUGUGACGUCAGAUCAAAGGACUUGGAUAUCUACGUAGAUCAUUUCAGUAUUUGGUGGAUUGUGGCCCUAAUCACUCGGUACUUCGUCGGAAAGAGGGUCGAGUGCACACCAUACGUAAGACCACCUGUCACGAAAGGGUUCACGCACGUAGUGAUACUCUGCAUAUGUGACGAUCUCUUGGAUGUUAUUAAGAAAACAAACGAAAAAAUGGCGAAGCACAUAAUACUCUCUCCGCCCCAGCAAAUGUUCGUAGAAUGGAGGUGUGGUGAUAUCAAAAUCGAGUUGUUCGAUGGCCCAACGGAUAAUGAAAAGAAGGUUGAAGAAAGGAAACUUGGCGAAAGGGAUAUGAACCACGUUGAAAGGAAACAAUUCUUCUUUGACGUUAAGCCACUCGAGUCCGGGGAAAGCCAAAAGUAUCUCAAAUUCACCUUGGAUCAAAAAGAGUCUCCCUCUUACCCGACACGGAUUCGAUUUAUCUUGCCAUAUGAUGCAGCAGGAGCACCAUUCCUUCCCAUGCAUGCCAGUGUACAAGCAGCAGGUGUGCCAGCGCUACCAGGGUUUGAUCUCAAAUCAGAUGAAACAUUUGACAGGCUGUCGAGACACAUGCCUGCAGAGAAAUACACAUCGCUAUGCACAGGUCUUGGCAUCGAAUACAACGAAGCCAACAACAUCCUAUGUGGGGCAACCAAUGACUACCAGAGAGCUACUAGGUCUUGCUUGGCACACUGGCAAACAGAAACUGGUGGUAAUAUGGACCAACUGAAGACUAUCCUUCAGGAGAUAGGAGUCGGAGAUCUAGCAAAAUAUAUUGAAUAGUCGUAAUAGCUCCAGCAACUCAGUUGUAGUAGAGGAAGAAAUAAAACGGAGGCUAGGGUCACUUUGUAAGGUGUGUCAAUGUAUAUGCAAUAAACCCAUAUACAUAAGAUGGUUGCAGCUUUCAAUAUGAUGGGGCCCUUUGGACAAACAUUCAAACUUGUACAGAAUAACUGUUUCAUCUUAUUUUAUGUAUAUAUGUUGUAAUAAUGUUGGAAGAAUAUCGCAAAAUAUUUUGUUUUCUUUUCUAAUUCUUCGAAUUUGAAAUAUGACAAGA